CGCGUUGCAGAGGGAAGGUACGCCUGCAAGAGAAAGAUAAGCUGCCGCCUUAAACCAGCCUAUUACAAAUGUAUACAAGCCUGAAGGAAACGCGCCUCUGCUAAAGAAAGAAGUAAAUCCAACAAUAAAUUAAUAGUCAAAGGAAAAACAGCCAUUUGUAGUGUGACGCAUCGGCAAGAAGACGAGAGUAUACGCUCACAGGCAACGGAAAUCGGCGAAUAAACGAAUUUUUCAAAGAAGAAUAGCGGUUUCCCAGCCAAGGUAUUAAUGUUCUGCAGCCUCCAGCCUCUAAAGAGCAGCACGCAACCACUAACAUAACAGAUCUUUCGGUUUCUGCUUCAGAUCGAAGGGAUUUAAACCUUAAAAGGCUACACGGGUUUGUGACCAGAGGCCAAUGCAUUUCAGAAAAAAAAUGUAAGGAAAUAGAUUUCGCAGUUAAGGGCGAUUUAAAACGGCUUCUGAUUUUAACAUAUAGUCAACUGUCUGUUGCGAAAACGGGAAACGGAAUAUACAGUUUCUCCAACUGUGCGCAUUCAGCUUUAUCAACACACGACAUCUAAAAUUCCUGUUCCUUGGAAUCGCCUAUGGAUAACUGGCAAGAAAAUGUUGUGCUUUUUAUUGUGUAAUAACCAAGUGGAACAAGAAUACGAAGUGCAUUUGUCCAUCUAAUCACUUCCUUUUCAAGAUCAAAACCAUAUUUUCUGCUUUGACAGCUUGGAUGUUUUUUUUAUUCUCAUUUGAAACCGGGGUGUAUUGAAAAAAAGAAGCGUAUUGUAAAAUCUGAUUUACUUUUAUUGCUUCCUUUUUGGAUUAGUAUACGACAGAAUACCGAAAACAUUUCAACUGGGAACUCAUUCGUACUGAUCGUACUGUCUCGCUGCUCCACCGGAGCUGUAACAAGAAAAAAAAACACCGAAAUUAUUUUUCAUCUGUGUGUGUGUGUCCGCGUGUUUAUGUGUGUGCGCGCGUGUGUGAGAGUGAGUUGCCUCCGGGAAAUUAACAAUAAAAAAGGGAUUUUAAAGGAUUAUUUCUGAGUUCUGCUUGCCCAGGAUGAGAUCUCUGCCUCCCCCCCUGGAUCAUAUCGCUCUGAAUCCGAUUUCCAGGCUCUGCUACCAGGAACUGUAGUGUUGGAUCGAUUUAUGUCCUAGGCUGCCAAGUUCUCCUGUGAAUACAGUACUCACCUUCCCAUCAUGUUGGCCUGCCUGCAAAGGAGGCAGAACCCACAGCCUCAGCACCUGGCCUGCCCAACAAAGAGCCUGGAUCCUCUGCACACAGCCAGCCGGAAAUGUGAACUGGCAGCCCCUGUGCACUCCCCACGCUAUCCCAGUGCAGCUGAACUGGAUGCCUAUGCGCAGAAGACAGCCAGCAAUCCCCUUUCCAUCAAGAUCUUCCCCACAAACAUCAGGGUACCACAACAUAAGCACCUUAACCGGACAGUUAAUGGAUAUGAUACUACAGGCCAGCGCUAUAACCCCUACCCUCAUCUGCACACAGGUGGCUACCAAGGUCUGCUAGCUAUUGUCAAGACAGCAAGUAGCACUUCUACUAAGGGUGUUGUGAAAAAUUCAGAGGGUAAACGGACUAAGCUAUCCCCAGCCCAAAUAGCUGUGGCCCCAUACCCAUCACAUGCAAACAGCACUUUAGCCCAGGCUCAUGGACAAAUAUCUUACCACACAGGCACCAGCAAGGUCCCAGAAGCGUCCUCGAUGCCUGUCCCUCCGAAUGUCACUGUAGCAGCUUCUGUCAUCCCAGUUGCGGGUGGUCGGGGUUUGGCCUUGCCCACCCAGUCCAAUCUUCCUUCCAUACAGAGUAUUAUCUAUCAGAUUAACCAGCACUGCCAGGCACAGGCUUUACAGAAGGUGUGCCAAGGCGUUGUGGUGGCAGCCGCCACAACCAAUCCCAGCCCAGCAAAACAGACCACAGUGGUUUCGGCUUCUUCAAAUUCUUCUGGAAACACAGCUGGCUUCCCUACUGGGAUGCUGGCACAAAGCAGCCUGACUUACACCAGUUCGGUAUUGCCCACUCAGGGGAUGGAGCUCACCAAGGCUGGCGCUGCCUAUGUGGACAGCAUGGACUACAUAAUCUGGCAGCAAAAACAGCAACAACAACAGCAGCACCAUCAUCACCACCACCAGCAGCAACAGCAGCAGGCGGCAUUGAGAAUGUAUAGUGGUGGGAGUGGUGGAGGAGCUGCUAUCAGCAAAUCUCCUGAAACCUGUGUGCCGGGUGGUGCUGGAGGAGCCACCAGUGGAGCUCAGUUGUCCUCGAGGCCUUACGCUCUCACAGCAGCAGCAGCAAGUGCUAGUGGGCUGGACAAGAUGACUGCAUCCCCCCUUAACUGCACUGGCAUGCAUGGCAACUUCUCAGUGGGUCAGUAUUUUGCCCCACCAUGGAACAGCAUUCUAGUUACACCUGACAGUGACUGCUACAACCCCCAGGACCUGGUGGGGACAAAUACAACUGGGGGUCACCGAGAACUCGGCUUUCCACUGCACCCCCAGCAUCCUUCGGACAGUGGAUUAUGCUGCAGUCUGCCCAGCAAGAGCCUCUGCAACACAUCCAUCCUGAGCAGCAGCCUGCAGUCUCUGGAAUAUCUAAUCAAUGACAUCCACCCACCAUGCAUUAAGGAGCAGAUGCUGGGCAAAGGGUAUGAAACGGUAUCGGUGCCCCGACUGUUGGACCACCAGCAUGCUCACAUCCGAUUACCAGUUUACAGAUAAAAAUCAGAAAAGUAAAUUUGGACAGGUCCUAAAGAGAAAAAGAAAUAAGAAAACAGAUAAGGAGAUCUUUAUUCUAUAUAUAAAUCAAUAUAGAUAUAUAAAUAUAUAUAUAUAUAUGUGUGUGAUUGGCAUUGCUUUACAGAUCAGAAAAUGGGCAAAUGCAGUGAAGCGAUGCACAGUUAGCACAGAGGUGGCUAGAAAUUGCCCCAUAAAAAACAGCAACUGGAAAAGGGGCUUGAAAGGAUCAAAGGGAAAGAUCCGUGCAGGUGAGGAGUUGGGGACUUGGGAGGUGGAUAGGGAGUCAGUCAUCAUGUGAUAUUGCUGGAAUUUGAUUUUGAGCCUUUUAAUUUUGCAAAUGGGCAAGCCUUGGCAAAUGUGUUUUUUUUUUCAUGGUCAUUAAUAUUUGCUUUUAAAAUGAUUAUGUUCCCCCUCUCCCACAACCUGGAUUAAAUUUCAGACUUAUGUAUUUAUUUAUUUAUUUUACAUAAACUCUUUUGGAGAAGGAGGUGUUGUUUUAAUAAUUUAGUUCUAAAUCAAUUGAAAAAAUGCACAAAAAAUCUAUUUUCACCCUUCCUUUCUCAAAAUACAAGAACAUAGCCUAUAGCUUCAUCUUACUGACCCACUCUCCUCGCCAGCACCCUUCUGAAGUAGAAGAGUAAAGAAAAAGACAGAUUUGAGAAGAAAAUUGCACUGCUUAGAGUUUUAAAAUAUUUACUGGAGGGAAAGGAUUCAAAGUAUGGAAAAAGUCUUCUUAAGAAACUUGAAAACUUGAAUUUUUUAAAAAUAUAUACCAGUUAUUCAUUGGCUGCUAAGUGGAAACAUUUUUUUAAACAGUUUAACACUCGGAAUUCAGACGAUGUCAGUUCUGGGUUUUAUGUGUGUGUAUGUAUGUAUAUAUAUAUACUAUAUAUAUAUAUAUAUAUAUAAUUAUAUAUGUGUGUGCGUGUGUGCGUAUGUGUAUUAUUUUGUUUUCUACCCAACAUUUCUUUGGGUGUUAUGUGUGACUGCCAUUUCAGAAAUGGGGUGUUGAAAUGGUGGCACAAAAAUCCAAUAUUUGAUUUCUGUAGGAAGACAACUCAAGGGACUAAUGUCCAGCCUGACCUUCUUGUCCCCUUUCUCCUUUUGCAAUGUUUCUAGCCAUAGCCCUCUCCAAGUUUGGUUUGGGUGUGUAACUUUUUAUUUUUACAGUCAUAGUCAGCUAUCAACAAUAAGUGAGUGGAAAUCAGAAUGUAAUUUUUCAAAGUGCUGGGCAAUACCAUAGGUUUAAUUUUAGUGGUUUGUCAAAGCAUAAUAACUUCAUAGAAAGGUUUGAAAUGGCUUUUUGGACAUCAACUAUAUAUUUACAAGAUUGUUAGGUAAUGGAAUGUAUUUAGUGACAAACUCACUGAUACUUCUAGCCAUGUUACAAUACAUAAAAAUUAGCUGGAAUGACAAAGCAUGAGCUGGAGUAUUUGUACAACAUUUGGCUUCUUGUACUAUGUGCAUUUAAAACCCUCCAAUCCCUGCCCCUGAUGCAAGAUGCAAAAUCACUUGAGAGAAUUUUAUUCAAAAUGCUGGUGCCACUUUUGCUCUGAAUGAGUUUCUUCCUGUCUUUAAGGAAGUCUUUUUAGACACCCAAGUGAGUUCAGCUUUCACUUAAUAUUCCACCUAGCUUUGAUUGCUGUAACAGAUGUGAACACAAGUCCCAGGUUCAAAUAAAUGAUUUAUUAUUAAUAAUACCUUCACAAUCUCUUCAAAACACACAAUUCCUCUUUUAUUCGUCCCUUCCCUCUCCUCCACACCUCCAGAUGAGCUUUUUCCUCCUUUCUCCCAACUCCCAGUUGCCCCAAUGUGAGAACAGAGAUAACGUAUCCCUACUGGAUGUGUUGUUUUAUAUAUAUAUA